UUUCGAGAAAUCAUGACUUCCGCAUAGGUACAGUUCUGAACAUAAACUCGGAUUGCAGGUCUACUAAAAGUAAAGACUCGAAUUGUGCGGUCCACAGAGAAGUCUCCGAGUGUAGCCUUUGAAGCUUUCAGCCUCCAUCUAAAUCAAGUCCAUAAUGGCAGAUGAUGUUCAGUUUGAAGAUCUCAGACAGAGGGCAGAGUCUCGCAUGGCUUCCUCAGGAUCUGUUCCAGAAAUCAGAAGUGACGUGACUAUCAUGGCCCAGUUGCCUCUGCCUCUGUCUGAGCGGUAUCGGCACAUCAAUGCUGUCAGUAUGGUCUCAGAGAAUGCUGUUGGGCAGACCAGACGAGAGGUAAUUGACUGCUGUGCACGUUUACUGAAAGCAGUGAGCAUUCUGGAGAAAUAUGGCUGUAACCUGACCAAUCCCAGCCGUCCAAAGUACUGGCGCAGUGUCAAGCACAACAACCCUGUCUUUAGAACUACUGUGGAUGCUGUCAAGGGCGGGAGGGAUGUGCUUUGCCUGUAUGGAUACACCAAUCAGCUGCCAGAUGGCCUCAGCUUUCCAGAUGAAGUCACAGAGCCUGAUGUCAGGAGGGUGGCGGAGAUUACAGUGGAAGUCAUGAUGCUGCGCACCGAGUUGGAUAUGAUUGUCAAGGAGGUGCACCCCCAUCCAGAGUACUUCCAGAGUAUUAUACCAGCUAUGGAGGAGCACAGUGAUACUGGGGAGGUCAUGCCUGAUGCAGAAGUCAUCCCCACUGAGGCUUCAUCUCCAGCCCGCACUAUCCUCCCCACCAGCCCUGUCCCCAUCCCAUCUCCUGCCUCCACCAACCCUCCCUCUAUUCCCAUCACAUCUGUUCAAGCAGUGCAGCCAUCUCUCCCUGCAGAGACCCCAGUCAGACAAGCCCAGGAGUGUGACAUGUGCGGCGGCGUCUCCACUCUCCUCUGCCCCUCCUGUGACUCCAAGCCCUUCUGUGACGCCUGCGAUGCCAUAUACCACCGCCACCCCGGCCGAGCCAGUCACAGGAGACAACAGAUUCAGGAAAACUGCUCGAUCUGUGGCGUUUCCCAUGUGUCUGCACACUGUCUCACAUGCAGCCAGCGGCUCUGCAGCAACUGUGAUCGUCUUUACCACUGCCACCCAAGUCGCAGGGGCCACAACAGGCAGCCAGUCACUAGCACACCGCGGGGGAGGGUUCUGAGCCAUUCCCUGUCCUCUUGGGAGUGUGGCCGCUGCACCACGGUGAACGACACUCAUGCUAUGUUGUGUUCAAGCUGCGACUGUCCCCGCUUGGCCGGCACUGUUCCCACCGGAGCUGAUGAUUCACUGCAGCCUUCCACUAUCACAGAGUGGCAGUGCAGGAGUUGUACAGUAGUGAAUCCGGGCAGCAGUGUCCUGUGCACAGUGUGUGAGCGUCCGCGCCUUGCCACUCGGCCCUCCAUGACCCUGCCGCGUCCACCGGCAACCCCAGCCACUCCACCAGUCCAGCCACAGGCCCCAACCAACCAGUGGACUUGUAAGCACUGCACAUAUGUAAACUCAAGGCCCUUCAUGGCUUGCGAGAUGUGCAACCUGCCACGUGAGAAUCCACCAAAAGACCCUCGCCCCCUUCCACUGAUGCCCGUCAAUGCCAACACCACUCCUCCCGACAGGCCCAAGCCAAGGCCCCGAAGCAGACACAUGCAGACGCAGAAGACCAUGAAGGACGAGGGCCAGAGGCUCGUCAAUCAUAUCAGAGAAGGCGAGAAGAGGGGAGUGAGCCCCGAAGAGGUCUACGCCGCCCUCUGUGUCUCGCGUAGCAGCAACGUCAACCCCUCCGACUGGAUCUCCUCCGAACUCCCCCACCUGCUGGACGAGAUCUGUGCCAUGGCCGUCUCUGUCCAGCAGACGGCAGCAGGGGAUCAGAACGAGGACCCCUCGGCCGUGAGCGGUGGCGGGAGCACGGGGGAGGGCGGCGGGGAGGUGCAGCUGUCCCGAGCGGAGGCCAAACAGGCCUGGCUGACGGCAGGAGGCGAUACCCAGAAGGCCGUGCAACAGCUCCUGAGGAGCAGGAAGGCCAAGAUGCAGGAGUUGCGCUCGCUGGGCUUCCAGGACCGGAGCCGGUGUGAGGCAGCGCUGAGGCAGAGCGGCGGUGACGUGCGGGGGGCUCUGUCAGUGCUCCAGCGGCCCCUCCUGGAGCCCUUCCACCAGCGCGUCUGGAGCAGCCAACCAGAGCCCUCCAUCGACGUCAGCAACCCUGACAAGCAGAGGAUGUGUCGGCGGCUGUUGGCGCUUUACGGGCUGCCCAGUUGGGGGCGCUGUGAGCUGGCUCUGUCUCUGCUGCAGGAGCCCGGCAUGGACUGCACCCUGGAGGACGUGGUGCAGGCCGUCAAAGAGAGCCAGGACAGGGACUUCAUCCGACGCAUGCUCAACAACGACUGCACCAUGUGCUACAGCAGAUACCCCCUCAGCAAGAUGCAGUCCCUGACUUCAUGCCAGUGUCUGAUGUGCUGCGAGUGCUUCAGGGAGCACUUCACCAUCGCCAUUAGAGACAAACACAUCAGAGACAUGGUGUGUCCCAACUGUGAAGAACCGGACAUCAACGACCCCGAGCAUCUCGAUAACCACUUCUCUACCCUAGACAUUCAGCUGCGGGACUGUCUGGAGAAGGAUGUGUAUGAGCUCUUCCACAAGAAGCUGACUGAGCAUGCCCUCAUCCAAGACCCCAAGUUCCUAUGGUGCACUCACUGCGCAAACGGCUUCAUCUAUGACGGCAACCAGUCAAAAGUCACCUGUCAAGAUUGCAGAAAGAGCUUCUGUGCACAGUGCAAGAAACCUUGGGAGGAGCAACAUGAGAAUGUUACUUGUGAGACAUUCCAGGCCUGGAAACGAGAGAAUGACCCAGAGUACCAGAGACAGGGACUUGCUGGGUACCUACGCGACAACGGAAUCAUCUGCCCCAACUGUAGGUACCAGUAUGCGCUGACGAGGGGAGGAUGCAUGCACUUCACCUGCACCCAGUGUAGAUACGAGUUCUGCAGUGGCUGUAACAACCCAUUUCACAAGACUGGCUGCACGGUGGCCCAGUGCUCAGUGACGGGACUGCAUGCUCACCACCCCAGAGACUGCCUCUUCUACCUGCGCGACUGGGAACCAAAGAGACUACAGGAGCUGCUGCAGAAAAAUGGGGUUGAGUUCAACACCAAUCCUCCAAAUGGCACUCAAGCAGGAACAUGCGGGGUGAUGGAACAGAAAGAUGAGGCUGGACAGCACGUCGACUCCCCCUGUGGCAUUCAGACUCAGCCAGAUCAAGCGGGCCUCUGCGACAAACACUACCGGGAGUAUUUGGUGAGUCUCAUCAAUAGCCACACCUUGGAUCCGGCUCCACUUCUGGAUGAGAAUGAGUUGACUGCUACCUGCCGGCGAUACCAUAUAGACACCACGAGACAGGGGGAGGCAGAAGACCAGAGAAUAUACAAUGGAAGACUGUUGAAGAAACUGAUGGAGAUACCGCUUGGAGACAAGGUGCCACGCAAUAAAUGAAGAGGUCAUAAUCAGGGUUGCCAGAUGUGUCUGAUAAUUUGUAGUCCUAAAAGCGCCUGAAGACACUAAAUCCCUCCCAAUUUCAGCUAAAUUGUAUUGAUUUCUAUGUCCAUAAAUCUACAGGAAGACCCGCUCCAUGUCCGUUUUUGACAGUUUUUACCAGCAGACAGCCAUCCCAAGCAGCCCAAUUGGGCGGGAAACAGUCCAAUCUGGCAACACUGGUCAUAAUGUUGAUGUAUUUAUCUCAAUAUUGUUCUAGGUAAAUGUUACCCAACUACACAAAGAAUGUGGUUUUGAUAGCCUAUAUUUUCAUGUGAAAGAAUAAAAUGAUGGAUUGAUUAUGUUGAAUUCAGCUUUCCUGUAAAAUCUUUAUAAAUCAAUCAAUAAAUGAAAAAGAAAGUUU